AUGACAACUGCUACCGACACAGAGAAGCCUAAAAUACCAGAACUACCGCCCAACUGGGAUAGAUGUCAUGCUUACAUGGAGACAAAGCGUCGAUACUGCCGCCAACAGCGUCGUGGUACAUAUAUGUAUUGUGGGAAUCAUAGCCAUCUGCUGCAUGCAUCCAACGACAGCAACUCGAAUGGUGGGAACGACAGCAAUGGGGAUAGCCAGACAAAGGAACGCAAGAGGAUACCUUGUCCAGUGGAUCAAUCGCACAUGAUUUGGGAAGACCAGGUCGCCAAACAUAUACCGAUUUGCCCGAAAACAAAGAAACGAAAGAGAGAGGAAGCACAAAAUUACUUUCAAAAAGACAUCAACAAUGGUGGAUUCGGUGACAUUUGCACAGCAAUAACAACCAAGGACCAUGAUAAAGCCGAAGACGAGAUGGAAUGGGCAAAACAGCUAGCAUUGCGGAUACUAGAGGUGCAUCAGAAGCUGUUUUCUACGGAAGCCAAUGCGACAACCAACACACCUCAAGACCUUACUUUUGAAGAAGUACACAAUUGUAUUGAAAUGAGAGACUAUUCGGCACAGGAGCUGAGUGCAGGAAUUGCCGACGGCUUUCAAGCACACCGUAUCCGAUCCGGAGGUGCCAGACAUAUCCCACAGCUUGCCAGUCUGAUUGGGCAUUUGAGGGCGAUUGGAGUUCUACCGAGCGCACCAUCAGACAUUAAAGCAACAACAGAAAAGCCUCUACUUUUGAUUGAUAUGGGAGCUGGACGUGGUAUGUUGGGUCUGGCGGCAGCAGGAGUUUCGCGAUCUCAUGGUUUGGAGACGCACUUGAUGAUGGUGGAACGGGCAGGUACCAGAUCCAAAGCCGAAAAGAUCUUACGCAACCUUGGAGGAGACAAACACGGUUCUACCAGUUCUGCCUCUAGUGGCUCCUAUCUUUCUUUUGACAAUGUCCAAUGGUCACGUAUCAAGUGCGAUUUGUCACAUGUCAAUCUGAAGGUGUUGUUGGAGAAACCGGAAUUGAAAGACUGCAAGGUCGUCAUAAUUGCCAAGCAUUUGUGCGGUGUUGGUUCAGAUCUCGCCCUCAAGGCGGUCGAACCUGUCAAAGAACGAGUGGAUGCAUGUAUCUUUGCAACCUGUUGCCAUGGUGUUUGCAACUGGUGUGGUUAUGUUGGAAGGGACUACCUACGACGGCAUAUGGAUACUGAAAAAACUAGCUUUGGCCCAAAAGAGUUUGAUUUGCUACGACAGUGGUGUGCAGGUUCGGUCGCCAUUCAACCCCGAAUUAGUGAAGAUGGACAAAAUAACGGCGGUGCCGAAGCAGAAGACGAUGCUGACGAAGGAGAAGCGGAGCAUUCCUUACCCACAGAAUCGACAAGGCCUUCUCGCAGCAAUAUAUCUGCUGUUGUAGAGUCAUUGGACCUGAAAUGUGGCAUUGCUGGUCUUGGACGCGCCUGUCAGAGAUUAAUUGACUAUGGGCGAUUGCAGUACCUACGCCACAACCUAUUUGAUGGCAUUGAUGUUGCCAAUGUACGCAUCUUUCACUAUGUUCCGCCUCAAACAACCCCUCAAAAUGCUUUAUUGGUAGCAACCCGAAUGAAAGCAGUACAGUAA